AUGAGAAAAGCCCUCACUCAGAUAAAACCAAAUGGGGCCCACAAAUCCGCAUGUUUCGAUGCAUUAUCACCUCACAGGACCACGCAAAUCGCCCACAAGCACAAAUCAACCAUCGGCCGAAAACCGAAGCAGAAAAUCUACCACCGCGUGCCGGAACUCGACAAGGUCAUGGAGCUCCGUAAAAAACCCACAUUAAUCCUCAACCUUAUCUCCAUAAUCCAAUCCCGCCAGAAAAACGGGUCCCUUCUCCUCCUCCGGGACCUCGAGAAAGAAGUCGGGUUCAUCGAGAAAUGGAAUUACAUGGCCACAAUCGAAAAAUACCCCACCAUUUUCCGAGUCAUCGGUGGCCAGGCCGAAAAAUUGCCGCCGGCAGUUACUUUAACCGAAACAGCCAAAAAGAUUGCAGCUUUAGAACCCGAAGCUCGAUUUCAAAUGGAGCCCGUUUUGGUUAAGAACCUACAAAAGCUGUUGAUGCUAUCAGUCGACUGUCGGCUGCCUCUCGAAACUAUCGAGCUGGUGGCCCACGAGCUGGGACUUCCCGAGGAUUUCAAGAACUCGAUUAUUUUAAAAUACCCUCGAUUUUUCAAAUUGGAUAAAGUAGACGAAAGGGAGCAUUUGUGUUUGGAAAAUUGGGAUUCGUCGCUUGCCGUCACAGCUCGUGAGGAGAAACUGGCAUUUGAAGCGGUCCCAUUAAUCGGGCCUUCUCGUCGGGCCAAAAUGCAAAAAGAUGGGAACUUUUCGGGCCCGUUUGCUUUUCGCCUGAAUUUCCCGACUGGUUUUAGACCGAACGCGAGUUAUUUGGAGGAAGUUCGAAAAUGGCAAAAGCUGGACUUCCCAUCACCAUACUUAAAUGCAAGGAUGUUCGAGCAAGCCGACCCUAAGGCUCGGAAAAGAGCGGUGGCAGUGCUUCACGAGCUUCUGAGUUUGACCGUGGAUAAAAGGUUGACUUCUGGUCAACUGGAUGCGUUUCACAAAGAGUUUCGAUUGCCUGCUAGGCUUCUGCUCUGUCUGAUCAAGCAUCACGGGAUUUUUUACAUCACGAAUAAAGGCGUGAGGAGUAGCGUGUUCUUGAAGGAGGGUUAUGAAGGGUCGGAUAUGGUGGAUAAGUGUGCUCUGGUGGAGUUCAGGGAGAAGUUUAUGGGUUUGAUGGGGAGGAAGAGUUGA